CACUACUCCUGAAAUAAUUAUUUCUGUCAUUUUGGCGGAUGCUAAAUUCCGGUUUUGUCCCUGGGUAUUAAAUAGGUGGGUAAUUGAUUUGAACCUGGUAGUGGGUUUUCACGAUUCUUGAGGACGGCUAUUCAGGCGCCAAAUUCGCUAUCAUAGGCUGUUGCAUGCGCCCCGAUUUUUGAGGUCGGAGAUUUAGCCGGUUGUUUCGCACUUCCAAAAUUAUAAUCUAGAAACAUGAAGUGUGCAGAGAUUGGGAACCCUGAUAGUCCUCAGCCGGUGAGGAGACGCAGUCUGAGAAUUGCAAUGGAGAAAGAUGUAGCUUUGCACACUGGUGGACAAGCAGUGUCAGCGGAGGAUGAGCUGGAUGAAGUUCCGCUUAUUAAGCGAAUGGAGAAGGUUCAGGAAGUGCAGAGGUUAGAUAGAGGCGGCUUACUUGAUGGAAGGAUUAAUACAUACUGCAAUGUGAAUGAGGUCGCAAGACAAAUUAGGGCGAAACUAAAUCAAGAGGAGCUGGACAGAUUUAGGACUUCAGCUUUUGGGGUGCUUUUAGAUGUUCUGGAUUGUCCAUGGAUCAGUGGGCAAUUGCUCAUCCAUUUGGUAGGGAAUUGUGUGCGGUCUACUGAUGAAAGUGGAAGGAAGGACAAGUUAAAAUUCAGGAUCCUUGGUAAUGAGCUUCAUGUUAAAGAUGUUGAGCCAACGGGUGAUGAGUUGUUGUUGGAUAAUGUGAAAGAGCUUUUUAAGGAUAAACCCACCACUGCAGUGAAGGCCAGAAAGAAGUUGUCACUUAGCCUUUCGAAGCGUGUUCGAAAGGUUAAGGAAAGGCAGGUGAAUAUACGCGAUGCAUUUGUUAGGCUGAAAACUGAAGGGAAAGCAUCUGGAAGUGGGUUGAAGUCCGCAGUUAAAAGGGGUGGAACGGGCAGUGUCAAAGAAGAACAUGGUGCGGUGGAGCGGGAGCGUAAAGGGAAGAAGGUGUGUGUGGCAAAUACGGAUAGUGAGCAGUUGGAUAUGAUGAAGGAAAUCAAGGAGAUCAAGGAAAACCAGGAUGCACAGGCCAAGAAACUGGAUGAAAUCUUGGGCAUUCUUCGGCAAAAAACAGCGUCCGUUGAAGCCGGCUCAGCGUCUGGGAAAGGGUCUUUGAUGGGAGGUAAUGAAGAACCUAGGGUCCGGAAUGAAGGACUCACUGUUGAGGGGAAUACAGAUGCUGAGUGUAAAUGUGGGGUUGAUCUGGAUUUGAGUUGUGAGGAUGGGGGGCCAUCAUUUGAUCUUUUAACUCCAUUGCCUAGAGUGGAUGCAGUUGGUGCUGAGAUACAAAAUGACAAGAGUGGAAAUGUUUUGGUGACAGAAGCGUGUGACCGAGUAAAGGAGGGAAAGUGUCCAGAUAUUCCAUACACUGAGACACAAUAUGAUCCACGCUUCCUGGAUCUUAUUGACAGGCAGAAAGAGAUGAUCCUAAUGUCUUUACAGAACGCAAGCAGUGUUCCUUUGGUUUCUUGCGAAGGGAUUAUUGGGCAGGAUGCGAUUCAGGGUGGGUGCAAGACAAGUGUGAGUGGUGAUGAUACUGCCAAGAAAUCUGGUAACACUACAAUGCCAGACGAUGUGCAUGUACCAGUGGAGGUUGAGUCCACAUUUGGGGGGUCCAGUGGUUCAAACAAGGGGAAACUUGGGCAGCACAUCGAUGGAGGCAAACGUAGACGUAGCUUGGAUGACGAUGAUUUUGAAAGAAUUUUUACUAGCAGCCGGGUGGGAAGUGGGGGACAAGGAGUGAAUGGUGCUCAAGAUGCUUUGCUGGUGUUUUCCAUGGCUUCAGAUUCCAAUACCGAAUGUGUUGAGAUUGAACGUCCCAAAAGGGUUCACAAGAAUCCGGAGAGAUAUACUCCCACAGAGGUCGAACAUGAUAAGAAAAAGCGGAAGCUGGGGAGGUUGGAGCGUGCUAAGCAACAUCUGAAUCAUGAUAGCUCGGUUGUAUGCCAUGGGCCCUUUUCAGAAGAUCCAAAGGCGAUGCCUACGAAUGGGGAAAUAGAAAAGGUGUUUUCCAUGGCUUCAGAUUCCAAUACCGAAUGUGUUGAGAUUGAACGUCCCAAAAGGGUUCACAAGAAUCCGGAGAGAUAUACUCCCACAGAGGUCGAACAUGAUAAGAAAAAGCGGAAGCUGGGGAGGUUGGAGCGUGCUAAGCAACAUCUGAAUCAUGAUAGCUCGGUUGUAUGCCAUGGGCCCUUUUCAGAAGAUCCAAAGGCGAUGCCUACGAAUGGGGAAAUAGAAAAGUAUGUUGAAAUAGCAAUGCAUUUCCUGGAAGUGAAGGGUAGGCAGUAUAACCUCCUGCAGAUGUACACAACUGCAACCCCUUACUUCUUGCAAGGGUUGUAUAAUCACCAAGCAAUGGUAAAUGUUGGCAAGGCCAAAAAGGAGGAAGUUGUCACUAAUCGGAAUCUAAGCAGUGAGGUGCUGGGGUUAGCACGGGCAUAUUCGAGGCCAUGGUCUGAGUGUGAUUUUGUGUAUAUGCCCUUGAAUACCGGUGACCACUGGAUGUUGCUUGUCCUGGAAGUUGAAGGGAGGACAAUACGGGUAUACGAUUCAAAAGGAAGGAAGGGAAAGAGUUGUCGGGCAUUGAACGAAUACAUGCAAUGUAUCACCGAGUUGCUGCCUGUCCUGCUUGAUUUGUUGAGUGUAUAUGAUGAGCACUCGGAAGGCCCAAUGGGGAAAAAGAAGUUCAAUAUCGAGGUUGUUGAUGGGUGUACACAACAAGAUGACGGGUGCAACUGUGGGAUGUUUAUGUUGAAGUUUGCGGAGUAUCUAAUGAUGGAUAGAAAAAUUUCUGAUGUUCAUGCACGCGACAUGGAAGGGUACCGGGUUAAGAUGACUACGGAGCUCAUGCGUUUGAAGUCAUUACGGAGUACCGGUAUGGCCCACUUUUGCAACGUGCCCAUCGCGGCAUACCUAUUUUGGAUAGUGGAUGCUAUGGCAGUGUUGUUGUCAACAUUGUGGCUGUGGGGUUUUCCCACACUUGCUGAUUUGUGCUGUCAUGUUGAAAUAGCAAUGCAUUUCCUGGAAGUGAAGGGUAGGCAGUAUAACCUCCUGCAGAUGUACACAACUGCAACCCCUUACUUCUUGCAAGGGUUGUAUAAUCACCAAGCAAUGGUAAAUGUUGGCAAGGCGAAAAAGGAGGAAGUUGUCACUAAUCGGAAUCUAAGCAGUGAGGUGCUGGGGUUAGCACGGGCAUAUUCGAGGCCAUGGUCUGAGUGUGAUUUUGUGUAUAUGCCCUUGAAUACCAGUGACCACUGGAUGUUGCUUGUCCUGGAAGUUGAAGGGAGGACAAUACGGGUAUACGAUUCAAAAGGAAGGAAGGGAAAGAGUUGUCGGGCAUUGAACGAAUACAUGCAAUGUAUCACCGAGUUGCUGCUUGUCCUGCUUGAUUUGUUGAGUGUAUAUGAUGAGCACUCGGAAGGCCCAAUGGGGAAAAAGAAGUUCAAUAUCGAGGUCGUUGAUGGGUGUCCACAACAAGAUGAUGGGUGCAACUGUGGGAUGUUUAUGUUGAAGUUUGCAGAGUAUCUAAUGAUGGAUAGAAAAAUUUCUGAUGUUCAUGCACGCGACAUGGAAGGGUACCGGGUUAAGAUGACUACGGAGCUCAUAGUAUACAGUAACGAGCUGAAAGAGAAGGCCGAAGACAAAUAGCCUUAGGGUGUGAAAUUAUUUGGAAUGUUUCUGCAUGGUGUGGACAGUUUUUUUUUUGGGAUGGGGGCAGUUUCUAUUAUGUGGUGUCUCAGGAUUUGAAAUGUGAUGUUGUUUUUUGUUGAAUUGGUGGUACGGUAUUUUUGUCGUUUUGAUUAGUUGUUU